AAGUCCCAAAAGGAAGCCCACCACAAAACAGGUGUUGAGUUGCACUCUUUAAAUACAGCUCUCCAAUGUCAACCGACUCACAGAAGUUGUGUUUUCUGUCGCGAGUUUGAGGUUUUAUGGCGCGCGCGAUUUGACAUUUCACCAUAAUGGCCUCCUCUCUGUUUUUGUUUUGUUUACUUUCAGACACCCGCGAGCAGAUACGAUCCCAGAAGCACAAAAAUCUGCGCGAAGCGGUCUCCUCCUCGGAUGACACGCUGGUCCAGCUCCUGCUGGACAGCAUCGGUCCGGAGCGGGAGAUUAUCGUAAACAUGGCCCCGGGCGGGGCGAACACGCUUUUGUUUAUUGCCUCCCAAAACGGGUCGGAGCGGAUCGUGCAGCAGUUGCUGGAAGCCGGUGCUGACGGGAGGGCACAUGCCGUGACCAAGUACUCUCCGCUGUACACGGCCGUUCACAACGGCCACUCAAAGGUUGCCGCCACGCUGCUGCAGCGCUUUCCGGAGCUGGUCCAGCAGCUUACCGUGGAACGAUGGCUUCCGUUUCAUGCAGCUUGCAUCAACGGACACUGUCCGGUGGUGGAACUGCUCAUCAAGCACGUCUAUCCGGAAGAGCUGAUGAGCUCGUUUAGCCCAACUAAAUCGCCUACUUCCAGAGACCCAUCCGGAGAGCUCGAGUGGCGCCUAGCCUUCGAUCCAAACACCCAAGACGUCACCGGCCAAACCGCUCUCUACGUCAGCUGCCUGCUCGGGAACCGUCAACUGGUGGAGAUGCUCCUGAACUGGAAGGUCAAAUGUGUCCGCCACUCGCUAGACAUCGAUGACGGUCGAGAACUUCCGGCGCCCUCCUCCAACCCGCUCAGCCCCACCAACCGAAGGAUCUCGUUUGGAAUUCAGUCGAUCAUGUCGCGGCUAAGUUUGGGCCGCGAUCACGGCGAAGGGCGGGAUGAAAAUACGGAGAUGCGGUGUCCGCUGGAUUUGAACGUGCUGUGUGGGGCGGCACGGGAAACGGCCCUGUUGGCGGCCGUUCGGGGAGGGUUCCUGGACGUGGUGACGCUGCUGCUGCAGAACGGAGCGGAUCCGAACGUGGUGGCGCGAGCGGUGGAAGAUCAGAAUGAUCCGAAGUGAGUAGGCGAAUGUUGGUUGUUUUGAAUGGAUCAUUCCCGAUUUGUUGAAAUAGAUAAUGGAAGUUAAUUUAAAAAAAUGACUAUCGACUUUUCUCGAAAUAAUU